UACUGAUGAACUAUGAUUCCGUGGUCCAGCACACACCAUGUCCUCAUCCUGACGCUGUUUCUACUACGUCAGUAUACGUAAAUAUAAUGUCUGGCAGAAGGAUUCUCUUGACUGCCAGACUUAUCCUUCGAAAAACAAUCAACGAAAAUCAAGGGAAAGCAGAGGACGCCAUCAAAGAUGACCACCCACAAGCUCUCUCCGACUUGCGAGUCACAUGCGUCGCUGAUGCUGAAGGAGACUAUCCACAGACCCUUUGAUCUAAUGUCAGAGAUACUCAGGCCUAUCUGGCUCCGGGUGAUCAAAGACGAACGCUACAAUCUCAGACGUCGUCUCUAUGACAGGGCAAGAUUAUAUGAGAAGCAUAGGCCAAGCAAGUGCAACAUCCAAAAAGACUGGAUCAAGCGCUACAAGGAGAACGAGGAGCUACAGUUCGCCCUCCUGCAGCGGAUUAACUGUCUGGAAAGGGUCAAAUACAGACGUGGUAUUGAGCCAGAAAAUCCCUUCCAGCAUGUCCCGGGGCCCGCGGAUCCGAAACGUCAAGUCUCCCUUGCAGAAGAGCAUUACUACCGGUGCCAGAAGGCAUGGAAAGCGUUGACCCUUGACAAACCAACCGGUCCUAUCAUCGACGAGUUUGACUUCCUUCAGCAUCACAGAAACGAAGAGGGCCAAACUUUGGCAUGGGAGGAGGACAAGCUCAUGUGCGCCUCGCUUGGUGGCUGUUGCGGUCGCAGAUGUAGAUGCUGUGAGAGACCUCUGCGGCACUAUCUCUUGCCCGAGGGCGGCCAGAAGGAAAUGAUUGGAUUUCAUGGCCACUGUACUGCCGAAUGUGGCUGCUGCAUGCGUUAUCGAGGAUUUUAUCGACCAGACUCACGCCUCAAAGCCCUUGACCCCGAACUGGCAUCGAAUAUUGCGGAAUAUUACCACAGCUCAUACGUUGGAGAUAACUAAGAGGAAAGUAAGAGGCUGCUUGGAGGUAUUUUUCCUUGCUCAUUCUGGUUUCUGUCAUUGAUUGGGCUGCUGAUUUGCUGCAGUGCAAGAUGGUAGGCGUUUGAUGGGUUUCCUUGCUGCCAGCAUUGAUUUAGUUGCGAUUCAGGUUGCUUUGUUUAUCAAAGGCGCUCAGGCUUCAUAAGAACAAUCUCCACGCUCAGUAGACACUCGGGUAUAAGCUGAUUUUCAGAACGGAUCAUUUGGGCAAUCCAUCCCAGCCCCGUAGACCAUAGUGUAUUCGGUAAGGAGAGACAUUGUGGGAAUCAG